GGUCUUUGGCCAGCUAGACUAGAAGACGAAGGGGGCGUCUCCCCAGCUUCUGAGGCGUCGGAGGCUAGCUGAGGUGGAGGCAGGCUGCGGCAGCGACGGGGACAGUGGCGGCGGCGCCAUGGCAGGGCUUGCAGGAUCCCUGCUGCCUUGGUGAUCCCAGGCUGACAGCCAGAGAGCACAGCGGCUCAGCUCCUGGAGAGAGGGUUGAAGAAAGCGGAGGGCAGCCGCCUGCACCCGCUGGCUCCCAUUAGGUCGGUUCCUGCAGCAGUGCCUGGCAGCCUUGACGAAGGCCCUGCCCGGCAGAGAUCAUGUAUUGCCUCCAGUGGCUGCUGCCCGUCCUCCUCAUCCCCAAGCCCCUCAACCCCGCCCUGUGGUUCAGCCACUCCAUGUUCAUGGGCUUCUACCUGCUCAGCUUCCUCCUGGAGCGGAAGCCUUGCACGAUUUGUGCCUUGGUUUUCCUGGCAGCCCUGUUCCUCAUCUGCUAUAGCUGCUGGGGAAACUGUUUCCUGUACCACUGCUCCGAUUCCCCGCUUCCGGAAUCCGCACACGACCCUGGCGUGGUGGGCACCUAACAGCUGCCCUCUUAGCUUUCCAAGGAAGCAGAAGACGGGAGGGGAGGCAUUGACAUAGGUCAUAAAGCAUUGGAGUUUCAAAUCCCGCAGCCUGCGGGUGCCACAUUCCUGACGGAGCCUUUUUGGCCUGUGAUGUUUUAUCCUUAUAAUGUGAAUAAUGGCACUGGCUGGUGCUUUUAUUGUAGAGUCCUAUAGUUGUGGGUGGUCUUGUGGUUGUGUGUGUUCUGUCCCAUCUGGGUCCUGGCCGGCGGGAUGGCCACCCCCCUCGCCUCAUUACUGCGAGGAGUCCACACCCAUCCUGGUCAACCACCCUGGUGUAACCUGGGCAGAUUUAUUGUCACUUAUGUGACCCUCCUUAUCAGGGUCUCCUUCCUUCCCAUAAUGUCACUGACUCCUCAGUCCCUUUCCUUGCUUCCCUUUAGUUUCCUCUACCCAUUUCCUUUUUUGGGGAGUACCUGUCUAAGACAGGGCUUGUUUUUUGCACUUAUCUCGAAUUUCAAGAGAUUGCUGACGCCCGAGAGCCUCGCUUUUUCAUCCUUCUUUCCCUGUUGGCAGGCUAGACAGAAAUAUGUCUUGACUGUUAUCCAUGAACCUCCAGUAUUUUCUCCGUUUCAUUUUAAGCAAGAAGCAACAGAUAGAUGUUGCUCUUUGACCUGGGUGUCUGGGCUCAUGCGUUCUAGCCCAGCCUCGUUUCCUUUGCCCUUCCUCCUGCCUUUCUCAGCCAUCCAGAGGGGGGGCCUCCUUUUGUCUCCUGUGCAUGCUCUGCAGGAUGGGGGUGGUGUGUUCACACAGAUCCAGCAGUCCCCAGCUGUGUGAAUGGAAAAGUACUUGUGUGCUCAUAGCAUCCACGCUCCCCCGAUAGGUGUUUGGAUACUUUUUGGUGUGCCCUGUAUGUGUGUUUGUGUGUAUGCGUGUGUACAAGUACAUGUGUGUAUUCUUUUUGAAGAAGCUUUACGAACGUGUUCUGAUUUGAGGUCUACUAGUAGCUAGUUGUAGUAGGUACCACUGCAGUUUUAUUUAGCAUGGGGCUUGCAGAGUGACCAGCACAGUGAACUCCGAGAUGGUUCAGACAAGACACAGGGGAGCAGUGGUCAUCGUCCUCCUGCCAGGAGCUUCUUCGUUCCUGGGCAUAUAGACUGUACCUUACGAAGAAUACACAGGAAGACUUUGUGACUGUCACUUGCUUUUUUCUUUCUCUGCGCUUCAAUAACAAAUGUUGGCAAAUGAGACUUUCUCCUGGCCCCUGCCCACCAGGGAUCAGCAUGGUUGUCUUGCCAGUUGGAGCCAUCCCUCUCUCUUGUCUGAGGAGUGAGGGAAGUGGGCCAGGCAGAGGACAGAACUGGAGGUAGUCCAUCUAGGGAAUGGGACUGUGAGGCCAUGCUUGUGAAACAUUUGGACUGCUGUUCUAGAACUUUCAUUUCUGGUGUGUUCGUUGCACAGCUGUUUGAAAUGUUUAAUAAAGCUUUAUAAACUUUA